CUGGAGAGGAGCGCUUCACCGCGAGCUUACAGUCGGUUGUAGUUUCUAAAUGAAGGGUUCAUGCUUUCCUCCAAUUGGAUGUCCGUGUCUGUCAGAGCCGCUGUGUGUGAUCCUCGCAGCAGCCGUGACGGGGACAAACAGUAAACACAUCACAGGGAGAGACUGACUGCAAGUGUGAGGAAGCUUUCAGUCCAGUUUAACCCGGGGAACACCUGAACUGAGAAAUGGGGUGCAGACUCCCGAAGCUGAGGAAGGCAGAAGAUAGGCAUAGUCCUGGGAAUAUUUACUCCACCCUUCGACGGCCUCAGGUGGAGACAAAGGUUGGAGUCUCCUACACCUACCACUUCCUCGAUUUUCUGCUGGGGAAAGAAGAGGUUCCUGUGUCAUCGGUGCUUUGCCUGUCGUCGGUCAGAGAGCUGCCGGUUCAGGUCAGGGAUCUCUACGCGCAGGGUUUUGUCCUGGUUGCCGUCCACCCCUUUGUUCAUCCCUGCGGCCCUCGCCACGCACACAUCCAGCGCCAGCUCCACCGGGCCGUGUUGAUUCGAGAGACACAAAGUUCAGAGAAAAGCCAACUGCGAUGGGCCAGGAGUCGUCUGGAGACCGACGUCUGUGUGUCCGGUCAACAGGCUGCUGACCCAGAAAUGAUCCAGAACUACGUGAAGAGGAUCCAGGAUGUGGCGGAGCAGGGAGUUAUGUUUGUGGGCUUUCUUCAGCAGCCAGGAGGUGGGCCGUAUUUCUUAGGGCACUGGGACCCUGAAGAGAUGUCGUCCUUACAUUCAACUCCUUCGCCCAUACAUCGACACCCUUUCAGCGCCAACGCCAGCCCGACUGAUACUGAAGAACCACAUCCAAAUAGUGCGGAAGCUCUUCUUUGCCGCUGUGGAUCUGAAGAUCUAGAUCCCGGUGCGUUGGGAUGCAGCAAACGGGACCUCAACAGCUCCGUUCCUAGCAAACUGGGCUUUAGCUUUCUGAAACACGCCCAUGCUUCAGCACAAAACGCAGCAGGGUCUAAAGACCAAACCCUGGCCUCACAGACGGGCCUCAAGAACACAACAAAUGAACGUCUUAAUCAUACGAAACCUGAUGCAGACAUGGCUCAAAACUUCUCAGAUACUCACCGGUUCAGUCCCAGCCCACCAGAAACCACAGGGACGAUGAAGCUGCAGCGAUUACCAGAGGUUAAGCGACACUCGGCUUUGUCCGCAGAGAAUCAUUUCAACCUUUCCAAUCAGAGGGAAAGAAGAGGUUCAAGUUCAGACAGCUGGCUCAGCUCUCCAGAGCUGGACCAUGACAGAAAAUCCCACUCCACUCAUGGAAACGGACGAAGCAGAGUGAAAACACAUAACAACAACCACAUCAGACUGAAGAGCUCUGAGAAAGACGAGGGUGCAACUUCGCCACCGGCACAGGCCAGGAUGCAGCUGUUUGCACUGUACAACCACACAGAGGAGCUGAACUCCUCUCCGAGGUUUUACUCUCUCAGGGUGCCACUUCAAGUGCAAAAGGAGGCGGGGCUCGUCACAGACGUCGACGCAAACUGGCUGGACCACAUGACUCAGCAUUUCACCAGCGGCGCACACCUCAUUGAUGGGUUUUUCCAUCUCACGGAUGAUUACAGGAGUGGCAUUUCAUCGGUGGACAGUGUGUUCAUCCUACAGAGCUCUGCAGAAGACACCACGAACAGCUCCUACGACGCUAUUGUGGUUGAACAGUGGACUGUCGUCGAUGGAGUGGUGGUUAAGACGGACUACAUCCCACUGCUGCAGUCGUUAGCCCCGUAUGGAUGGAGGCUCAUGUGUGUGUUACCCACUCCAAUUGUCAAAACAAACAGUGAUGGGAGUUUGUCAACUAAGCAAAUACUGUUCCUUCAGAGACCCACUUUGCAGCGCAAGAGGAAAGACUUCAAGAUGCUGAACCUCAGGGGUCGUGGCAAGUUGAAGAAAAAUCCUGCCGGAGAGGCACUUGACGAGCACGAGAAGAUAUCCCUCGUUAUCGAGACGGAGAUGGACACGUUGAGAAUUAACACCGAAAAGGAGGGAGAAAAUGAGGGGAGGAAGGACGGGGACAGUGCGAGGAGCAAAAGAGCGAGCCUUCAGAGGAGCGAAGAGGACGCACUUCAUCAGAAGAGCUACAACUUCCUGUUGGAGCGCAGGGCUUCUGUGGAAUCCCGGGAAGAGGAAUCGGAGAUUGACGAGAUCCUGCUGUCCACGCAGGAAAACACGGUGAGAUGGACAGACUUCUGUCAGAAAGGUGAUGGAGGGGUGAAGGAGGACCUGAGGACGGAGGAGCGGAUCAAACAGCAGCUGUUCUCUGGUGUUUGUUGACAUAUUUGGCACAAAGCAGGAAGUGGGAGCUCAAAUCUAUAUAACCUUUAAAACUUUUUAACAUUUAUUAACUUUUUUUUUAACCCACAUGUAGUUGGGCCUUUACCGUUUACUGCAUUCUCCUGUUGACGCUCCUGCUUUGGGAAGUGAGUGGGGAAGUGUGUGCAAUUCUCAACUAUUGGAUGUGUCUUUAGAUAUAAUUAAAUUUGACUACAAGGCUUAAAGAUUAACCGAGAAAGCCUUGCGUAUUUUUUUUAAAUGUAUUUAUUAUUUUUAAGCGCUUCUCUGUUACUACUCUCUAGUAACACGAUUGGGAUUUUUUUUUUUUUUUUUACCUGAUAAUUAUUACAGUAAAAACUAAAUAAAGAUAAAAGUCCAUCCGUGCAUUGUUAAAGCCAGAAUUAGCUCAGUGAGGGCCGGGUGUAUUUUGACAUGUUCAUUAGUUAAGCUGCUUCAAGUGUCGUUUACAUGAUGAAUGUGGGAUUGCAGAUUCUCUGCUUUAAUUUAAGAGAUUAUAUCCAUGUGGGAAUAUCCUCUCCUUUAAUGUGGAUGUUGACUUCAAAUUAGGCUGAAUCUGUUCUUUGUCAUCCGGUAUAAAGCUGUAACAGUAAAAUGUAAGUUACCAAUGUCAACUCUGUAUCUAAAAUGAUAAAAAAAAAUGAAUUGCUAAUAACUGUAAACAGAUUAAUUAAAGUCCAAGUGAUUUCUCUUAAAAUGAGAAAAAAAACUGAUGCUGAAGACAUAAGUUUAAAAUUGUAAAAAGGUUUGCCCUGUAUUAAUACGGUUUCUCACAUUUUCAAAUUUAAAAUGCAUUACUACUUUGUUUUUCCAUGAAAUACACAGAUUACAUAAUACACAAUAUACAUGUGUUUGGACCUGAAUUUUAGUAGUAAUUUUUGAGAUGGAUUUCUGCUUAGGCUAUCUGAAAUAAGAGCCAGUUUUUUUUUAUUUUGGUGAACCCCCAGAAAAUGUAACCUAGAAAUCAGCUAUUUAUUUCCUGGAACACCCGAGAAGCAUUGAAGUUAGGGGUACGUGUGACCGUGACAGAAUAAUAUGACCAAUAAAAUGUUUGAAAAAAUAAAAUGAAAUCAG